GGACACGGGCGCACUUUACAACAGGGGGUGGCGAGGUUUCACUACGCUUGGAAUUUGUGCAAAGUUCUUGUCAACUCUGUUUUUAUCUGCAGCGGUAAACAUUGUGUUGAUCAAUCCGUCUGCGAUUUAAAAACUUUUUAAAAGGAAAAAAAAAGUUGAACCGGUCCUGACUUGCUGCGUCUAUGUCGUCUCCUUCUCUUCCCCUCUGAUCUUCCUGAAAACACCUGCGUGAGUCAGGUAACUCACCGAUGAAGAGGGAAGUCCUUGGCCACUGAGCGGUGAAAAGGUUGUUUUGCAGGUAUGUGUUCCAGUCAGGGUAUAUGCGGUAACAACGGCCGUUCCAACAGAUCCUCCAGCUCAAGGAGCUCUGGUUCAGGCGCCCACUAUGCCCUGUGUGCCCUUGGAGUGGGCCUCAUUGCCCUUGGCAUUGUCAUGAUUGUUUGGACUGUGAUACCUGGAGGGGAUUCAGGUGCCUCUCCAAAACCAUCAAGCAACUCCACAGGACCUAAUAACAAUGGUGGUGGUAAUAAUUCAGAUGCCACCAAGACCCCUACAGUGGCCAUGGUGCUUGUUGGAGUUGGGGCAGUGAUGUUGAUCUUGGCCAUUGGCCUUGGUUUAAAGAGCAAGAAGAGAGCUCAGGAUAGAAGGAGUGAGCCUGUGACCACAGGAAUCCCCUUCAUGACUCAGAUACCAGAGGAGCCUCAGCCCGACCCAACUACGUAUAACGUGCCAAGCUAUGAGGAAGUCGUCAGCAGCAGUGAGUACCCUGUGCGUCAGAGUAACCUUCGGCAGAGCACCUCUCACCUGCCGUCCUACGAGGACAUCAUAGCUGCGGUGGAAAACGAGGGAACAGAGCCCGCUAACAACACGACUGACGACACCCCUGUUAAUGAUCAACCUGCAGCCGCCGAGCCUCCAUCUGAACCCGCUGGCCUUACAUCUAACCCCAGUAUGCCAACCCGCAGUGCUAGUCGGGCCAGCCGUUUGCUCCGGCCCCUCCGAGUGAGAAGAAUCAAAUCUGACAAACUGCACCUGAAGGACUUCCGCCUUCAAAUCCGCACCCCCACACAGAACCCAGUAACCAUUGAACCCAUCACUCCUCCUCCACAGUAUGAAGAUAAGAUGCCUGAAUUUAAGUAGGGCAGCGUUCCACAUCUACCUUAUUGUGUGUUUCUAAAAAAGGAAAAAAAUUUAUGUAACGCUUAUGAAUUUAGUGGAUUUAUCAUAACAUUUCUGGAAAAAACGAUUUGAAAGGGUUAUGUUAAGUAGGUAAAUACAGUAAGAACAAAGGGGCCACACACGCCCACUGCUGAAAUUAGAAUAUUGUUCUUCACCAAAGAGCUCUGGAUUUGCAUAUUUAAUCUAUUAUAAUUCAUUAUUAGGUAUGCGUGAAAGGAUCCGCUUUCAGAGUUAAGUCUGUCGUCUUAACGAUCAUGUUAUAACUUAUGUCAAACAGAAGAUAGUCUUUCAGUUUUAUUUAUUAGCCAGCCAUAACAUGUUUUUCACCUUUCCAAGACUUUAUGUUGUUGCCAUGUCUUGAUUCUGGUUUGCUUUGAAGUUUGGAGAAGUUGAAGCUACAUUCUGCGAUUAAUUGAUUUUUUUUUUUUUUUUUUUUUUUUUUUUAAUCAUGCUUUUUUUUUUUAGAAUAGAAAAUUAAAUUGGUUUUUCUGUGUGUGUGUAUUUUUUAAACUCCAAGUCUUAAAGAAACUUUAUUCUUUAAGAUAAAUGUUAAGAGAGAAAAAUAUAUAUUUUGGCACAUCCUAACCAGAAGAAAGGUUUUGGAUAUUCUGGUGAUGUAUCAUUUUUAUUCAUUGUCUCUUAAAGUGUUGAAAUGUUUAGAUUUCUUUAACUAUGUUGUAAUAUUUGUAAAAAGUGAAGAAUAAUUUUUUUUUCUAUUUUGUUUAAGUUCAACUUUAUAUUUUUGUUUCAAAAUGUCCAUAAAACAAGUUCAGUGUGUAUUUAAUCCUCAUGUAAUGUCAACAUUAAUAAAAGCAACUACAUUUACUAAAAGUAUGACGAUCCAAUGUUAGGAUGCAGUUUAAUUUUCCUACAUUUGCUUGCUAUACGUUUGGGGGGAAAAAAUAACAUGCACGUACUGUAAUUCGACUUUUGAUUAAUAAAAUCAAAUGGUGAAUGUUUU